UGCUAGUCGCUCCAGUCGAUAAACUACAAGGAAGUGUAGCAAUGGUUUGAGUAGACUUCAGUUUGCCGACGCAAGGUUGUAGCAGCAACAGGCUAACUUUGAUGUGCUUCUGAGUUCCUAUGACUGAUUACCCCCUGUUUUUGUGAGGUGAGAGACGGAGGAAUCGUUGGAACGACUCUCGGGCUUCGAAAUGAACAUAACGGAGUUUGAAAACCUGACAAUGACACUCAACGAAUCAAUGAUGAAUACCUCCACGGACGAAACGCCACAUUCGGGUGGUGCAGGACUACCGGAAGUCGUGUGUUUCAGUGUGCUUUUCUUCAUCAUCGGAACAGUUGGCAUCACUGGGAACUUCUUGGUUAUUUACGCUGUUGUAUGCGACAGGAAGAUGAGGGCAUCCGUCACUAAUCUUCUUAUAACCAACUUGGCAGUCGCAGACCUCUUGAUUAUGGUUUUCGGCGUACCAGAGAUAAUCCAGUUUAUGAUUAAUAGAGGUUGGAUACUGGACCUUUUAGCUUGUAAGGUUAAUCGUUUUGUGCUUGUCAUGGCCCUCUACGCAUCAGUCCUCACUCUCGUUUCAAUAUGUGUUGAAAGAUUUAUUGGAAUUAUACAUCCAAUCAAAGCGCACAUCUUGUGUAAUCGACGCCGGAUAGCUUGUGUUGUGGGAUUCAUCUGGCCGUUCUCCAUCCUCUGUGGUUCCCCUACCCUCCUGUUUAACACUGUCAAGCGAGGCCAUCCUCAGCGUACCACCGAAUACUGUAUGCUGGACUUCCCAGUCCACCAUAACUUCUACAUCAUGGUCUUCAAAUACAGUGAGUUUGGUCUCUUCUACGUCAUGCCGUUGGUCCUCCAGUGUAUUUUAUACGCUAUUGUGUCUAAACAGCUGUUCCUCGGAUCUGAAAAGCUGCACCGUCGAUUGACAGUUCUUGACGAAAACGGAACGGCAAAGGAACGCUCUUCUGAGGCCCUGCAGGCUCGUAAGGGUGUUGUUAAGAUGCUGAUCAUGAGUGUUAUCGUCUACUUCAUCAGCUACUCGCCUAACCAGGUUCUUCUGUUUUAUCAUACCUUCAAUGCCAGGCAUUUUGAGGACAACUGGACAUUCCAAGUGUUCGUGGUGAUAAUCGCCUACGUCAACUCAGCUGCAAAUCCUAUACUCUACAGCAUAUUCAGCCAGAACUUUCGAAACCGUUUCAAUAUGGCCGUUUGCUACAUCAGGAGGAAGGUGAAGAAAUCUUCGCCAAGAAGACAAUCAACAUUCAGUACAAGUUCCAGAUUUGGAAGACUCACCAGUCUUGUCCCCUCAGCAAAUACUGACCUAUGAAACAUAAAACAUCAUGAGGUAUUUUAAUCUGUUGACAUACAAACUUCAUUCCGUUGAUAGUGAAAUCAAAGUUAAACCUUUGGCUCCUUUUCAUUAAAAAAAAAGAUUGUGUGUAUCGGAAUACCACUUUGACGUUAUUAAUAUUAACAAUAUAUGUUAUCAGUAUAUUUUGAUAAUAUCCUUUUCCAUAUAGGUGGAUGCAUUUGUAAAUAGACAUAUUUUCCUGGAUUUGGCAUCCUCAUGUUUACGUUGACACUGUGCUAAGACGGAGACGUGAUUUCCACGAAGACGUUUGAUAACAUGCUCUAUAUUUGAAAACAGAGUGCGGAUAUUUUUGUAGUGAAGAAUUGAUCACCAUAUGCGCAGUGUAAAAGUAUUUUGUUGUUUGUGCGUGGACUGUCAUUUACUCUUGUUGAUGUUCCUGCGUUAUAUCUGUAACAGGUCGAUAUAUGUCAUUAAUCAUCAUUGUAUUGUGUUGAUAUAGUUCAAUAAAAUUACAAACGUG